UCAAACACAGCUCUGCGCGAAAGCCUCGGUGGAUCACCACAGAUGCCCUCAGCUGACGCCCCGACGCACCGCGGUAUCUCCUCACCCGACCGAUACUACAUGACCAAUGGCUUUCCGGAAAGUUCUGAAGCGGACGGCCAUCGUGGGCACGGGGGCCGCGGCCACACUCUUCGGCCUAUCACAGCUGGUGGAGUACAGGAAGACACAGCAUGGAUUGGUGCGUCUCGCCCGCCAGGCGGCGGAGAUGGAGCUUAAGGUCCCGUUCGCUGACGAGCUGCCGUCCCGCGGCGCCCAGCUGGCCGCCCUGAGGGACACUGAGGAGUUUGACGUCCUCAUCGUCGGGGGCGGGGCCACGGGGGCCGGCUGCGCCCUGGAGGCCGUCACACGCAACCUGAAGACGGCGCUGGUGGAGAGGAACGACUACUCGUCCGGGACCAGCAGCCGGAGCACCAAGCUGAUCCACGGCGGAGUGCGCUACCUGCAGAAGGCCAUCAUGAAACUGGACUACGAGCAGUACAUGAUGGUGAAGGAGGCCCUCCAUGAACGUGCCAACCUGUUGGAAAUUGCUCCUCACCUAUCAGCGCCAUUACCCAUUAUGCUCCCUGUCUACAAAUGGUGGCAGCUGCCGUACUACUGGGCAGGCAUCAAGAUGUACGACCUGGUGGCCGGCAUGGAGUGCCUGAAGAGCAGCUACGUGCUCAGCAAGACGAAAGCCCUGGAGCUCUUCCCCAUGCUGAAGAAGGACCGGCUGGUCGGGGCCAUCGUCUACUACGACGGUCAGCACAACGACGCGCGCAUGAACCUAGCGAUCGGCCUCACCGCGGCUCGCUACGGUGCCGCCAUGGCUAACUACACGGAGGUGGUUAACCUGCUGAAGAGGGCCGACCCUGAGACGGGCGUUGAGAAGGUCUGCGGCGCACGCUGCCGCGACGUGCUCACGGGUCAGGAGUUUGACGUGCGAGCCAAGUGUGUGAUCAACGCCACUGGGCCCUUCACCGACUCACUGCGGAAGAUGGACGACCAGAAGACCGCCAACAUCUGCCAGCCUAGCGCCGGGGUGCACAUCGUCAUUCCCGGCUACUACAGUCCGGACAACAUGGGUCUCCUGGACCCCGCCACCAGCGACGGCCGCGUCAUCUUCUUCCUGCCCUGGGAGAAGAUGACCAUCGCUGGGACCACCGACUCCCCCACAAACGUCACAGCCCACCCCAUCCCCACCGAGGACGACAUCACCUUCAUCCUCAACGAGGUCCGCAACUACCUCAGCCCCGACGUGGAAGUACGUCGUGGGGACGUGCUGGCAGCCUGGAGUGGGAUCCGGCCCCUGGUGACGGACCCCAACUCUAAAGACACCCAGUCCAUCUGCAGGAACCACAUCGUCAACGUCAGCCAGAGCGGCAUGGUCACCAUCGCUGGGGGAAAGUGGACUACGUACCGCUCCAUGGCGGAGGAGACGCUGGAUGCGGCCAUCCAGACCCACGGCCUGGAGGCGUCAGCCAGCAAGACCGUGGGUCUGGUCCUGGAGGGGGGCCGCGACUGGUCGCCCACCCUCUACAUCCGCCUGGUGCAGGACUACGGCCUGGAGAACGAGGUGGCCCAGCAUUUGGCGUCGACAUAUGGCGGGAAGGCGUUCGAAGUGGCCAAAAUGGCGCAGGUCACCGGUAAGAGAUGGCCCAUCGUCGGCAAAAGGCUGGUGUCCGAGUUUCCCUACAUCGAGGGCGAGGUGCUGUACGCCAUCAAGGAGUAUGCCUGCACGGCCAUUGACGUCAUCGCCCGGCGCACGCGGCUGGGCUUCCUCAAUGUCCAGGCAGCCGACGAGGCCCUGCCGCGCAUCGUGGAGCUAAUGGGCAAGGCGCUCAACUGGACCAGCGACCGGAAAACCGAUGAGUUGGAGGCAGCCAGGAAGUUCCUGUACUAUGAGAUGGGCUACAGGACUCGGUCAGAACAACUCACGAAGACCUCUGAGAUCAAUCUGGACUACCAGGAAGUAGUCAGGUACAAAAACCGCUUCCACAAGUUUGACAAGGAGAGCAAAGGAUUCAUCACAACGGUGGACGUACAGAGCGUGCUGCAGAGCAUCAACAUUCAGAUCGAUGAGAACUCCCUGCAUGAGAUCCUCAGCGAGGUGGACCUCAACAAGAACGGACAGGUGGAGAUCGACGAGUUCCUGCAGUUGAUGAGUGCGGUGAAGAAGGGCCAGGUGUCUGACAGCCGUCUGGCCAUCCUGCUGAAGACGGCUGAGGAGAGUUUGGACUUGAGGGCGCCCGUGUCCGUAGACCGCAGCGGGGGUGGAGUCUAAUCGGACCACGCCCACUCCCUAGACCACACCCACCUUCCUUUCCCCCGCCCUAACCCCUCCCAACCAGAACAGGAUAUCUGUAAUGCCAAAAAAAAAUGUUCUUGUCGUUUUUGUCAACGCGAGAAAGAAAACGACAACGACAACAAGAAGAAGGUAGGUCGUAUGGAGAUGAGACCCAUUUCAAUGACAAUGCUGCAAUCAAGGGACGCAGCCGUGGUGAUUUGUCUUUGGCCAAAUCAAGCCCAGGCUCAUAACCACGAGGGGGCGGUUACUGUGUGAGAGAGACUAAUGUCCAGUGAUCAACAAAUCCGUCUCCGCUAGUGGUGGAGAGUCGUACCUGGGGCCGGGUAAGGGCAACUGAUUGCCGCUUCACGACGUUGAUUGACGCCUCUAAUCUGAUCCAUCUCUGUCAUCCACCAGGCCGCUGGCACAGUUCCCGCUUAGUUCCGCUUGUGUCUGUUAGUCGUUUUCUUUUAACUUUCAUUUGGAUUGACGUGAUUUGUUGUCGGCUUUUCUAGAUAUGUUGCUGCUGAUGAUUUACGCCAUGUUAAUCUCGAGUGAAAUGUAAGAAGGUAUUUUCAUUCAAUAACACUGCAAGAGACUGUAACCGUUUCUAAAGUGCUUUCCACAUACAUGCGCCGAUUCCGGGGUUAUGUCUCACCAGGGAAGGUGGAUUCAUUCAUCCCUCUAAACGCAAAGGAUUCUAUUCGUCAUCAGUGCUAGCCUGUUAACUAGCCACAGCUCCUGUUCAUGGCUAAUGUUAGUAGCCAUAAGUGUCUUGUUGGAGUUAACUAUUUUUUGGAAUAGCAGUGACAAUAUUGACUCCUUUCUGGAAACUACAGUUCCCACUAGUAAAGCGAUACUUGGCAAAUUUCAACACAUUCAGAAAUCAUUUGGUAAUUACCAUCCACUAUCCAUCACAGAAUUGCAAACCCUUUUCAUUAAAGUUAGAUAAGUUAAAGUAAGGAUUAGGAUUUGUCAUUGUGGGGACUCUUUUAUGUUUGAGACACACCACUUACUUGUGGGGACCAAGGCCACACCUGGCCCUGCAACUAGUGCUUUCUAAGACUUUCUAACGCCAUUCACGCACUCCUGCCUUUCUAUUGCACUACUGCCCGAGUCCUGCUGGGAGAAGGUUUACAACACAAGAUUUCCCGCUUUAUCUUUGCUCUUCAGAGUUUGGAAAACGAGAUUUUUUGUCGUCAUAACCGACGUCACGCUCCUUUUAUAACAGAUGUAUAAACUCUUACUCUCGCUCACUUCUGAGACACACUCGGAGUGUACUUUUUAUAUUUACCGGGAUCAGUGACGCUGACACACAGAUAACUGAAUCACAAAGGGAGACGUGUGGGGUGAUGGGAUCUGAGUGAUUCUAAAAAAAAAUAGUUGGUUUGAAAAAAUCUGUUAUGUGUACAGAUGCUUUAGCAUAGGGUUCUUCGUACCAAAAUGUAAUAUAUUUUAUAUUUAUAUUUUAACAUAUUUUAUAUUUGAAUCUUUGUCGGAGUGAAGGGGGUUCUGUAAAGGUUAACAGCAGAUACAGGAAAGUGUAUGAAAAACAAGGAGACCAAAGGUUAAUAGCAGAUACAGGAAAGUGUAUGAAAAACAAGGAGCCCAAUGAACUGUAAAUUAUCUGUUUUAUUGAGUCCUAUAUGUCGCUCGGUUUGGUCUUAAUCUCUCAAACGUAGUCUUUUAAGUUUCAGUUAUUUUAAGUUGGAUGCAGUCAAUGAGGAUACAAAUUGGAAAGUAGCGAUAUGAAUGUAUGCAAUGUGCCUUUAUUUGGUCAAAUAUCAGAUGAAAUGUCCCUACUUUCACUGCUUUACUCCGUCUCACUCUGUGAAAUUCAAUUAGCAUGCAAAGAUGCUAAUUGAAUAUAUAUAUAUAUUAGUGCUGUCAAGCGAUUAAAAUAUUGAAUCGCAUUAAUGUCAUAGUUAACUUGCGAUUAAUCGUGAUUAAUCACAAUUUUUUUAAUAUUCUAAAUAUCCCUUGAUUUCGUGCUGCUAGACUUUUAGUGAGAUCAGAGAGUUUUGAGAAGGACAGUAAUAAAAUAUAUUUGGUAAGAUGGAUAAAAGAAGAAAGACCCACAGUGAAUUAAACCCGGUCCACUUGACAUCGGGUAGGUGCAUGACAGUGGUAGGCCUACCGUAAAACUUCAAUAGCCCAGGCUUUUAUUUGUUUCAAUCACAGAACUUUCGAACAAAACCCUUGCUCAGCAUAGAUGGGAAAUAUUAAUUAUUUUAAACCAGUAUGAAUAUUCCUACCGUACAUAGGCCUAUACACAUAACCAGGCUAUCGAAAAAGGCCCACACACGCACACACGGUGGCGGAGUGGUAAUCGGGAGAGUUGGGAGAAUUCCCAGCCGGCCGUUAACGUUUCGGGGCUGUCGGGCUGAUUACUACGGGAUAACAAUAUUGCUUUUAUAAAAGUUCCUUGCAGCGCUGUCCGGCAGCCUGAGCUGUGCGCCCGCAACCUCUCACUCACUCAACAGCCGCAUCACUAACAAAUUGUCAACGUCGCAACCAAGUCGAUUUUGUCUAGAGGGGAGUAACUGAGCGGCCCCUCCUGAAGUGGUACAGCCCAGGUGGGCCUUGAACUGCGAUUGGUCAGAAAGACGCAACAGCUAAUGACAACGUUGAACUCUUGUGCAGGCUCGACCAGAGUGACACACAAACAAGCACACACUAUUACAGAGUUUUUUUCACCCGCUCCGUAUCAUUGCUUGCCCCACGAAGUUUGUGCGGCGUGCUUGUUUUGUUUCCGGUGUUGCUAGAUCCGUUACGGUGUUGUCAUUUUUCUAACGCGACUAGUUGUUGCUAGACAGCAGGUGAAAAAACGACAAAGUUUGCCAAGCCAAAAGAGUGUUAGUCGCGUGCUAAAAAAAUUAACGCCGUUAAAAUUGGUUUGCAUUAAAGCCGUUAAUAACGCUUUAAACUGACAGCACUAAUAUAUGUAUAUAUAUAUAUAUAUAUAUAUAUAUAUAAUGGAUAUUAUCUAAAAGGAUUUAUGUGCUGUUUUGUGUGCAGAAGUCGGCUCGGUUCUUGCCACGUUGCCAUGGUAAUAGAAACAAAGUUAAGUUAUAUUUUUGUGAUAUAAGAAGCAUUCAUUGCUCUUAUGGUAUGGAAUAAUGUUAAAGAAAUGCCACUGAAUUAAGGUUCAACACUCCAUAAAUACAUGGGGGCAACACCCCAUGUCAAUUAUUGUGCAAGUUUAGGAAUGAACAGCUAAAAUGUGUAACAGAUUCUUUUAUUUUUUUUAUAGAACUGAAACUUUUAUCGUGUUUAAAAUAAUCAAAUGUAUGUUCGUCCACUGAAGCGUUUGAGAUUUUAUUAAUGUUUAAAAAUAAAUAGAAUUUACUAGCAUGUUUGGCAUGAAUGUUAAGCUGUUGAGCUAAGCUCCCUUAACAGUGACAAUAUGUUUUUUAAUUGUUAUUUUAUGUACAGAAAAGAAUGGUGUUCUGAUGGUGUCUCCUGAAUGCUUCUUAUGUGAUUUAGACAGGCAGCAGUGGGUUUAUAAUUUGUUCGGACUGGGAUCUGUCUAUUCUGUGUGGGGGUGGAAACACGCACACACACGCACAGGCACAUACACAUAUUAUAGACAUCCACGUACAGACACACACACAGGCACACACAGGCAUACACACACACACACACACACACACACACACACACACACACACA